GUUGCCACACUUCCGGUCCCUCUGCUGCCACACUUGCGGUUAAGCUAUUGCCACACUUCCGGUUCCUAUAGGCCACACUUCCGGCUCGCUUUCUGCCCCACUUCCGGCCGCCCCGGUGACGGCGGCGGCCCCGGGGAAUGCGCGGGGUUUUCGGGACGCGGGGCCUCGCGGGCGGGGCCUCCCCGUGUCCCUGGGGCUGCGCGCUCGGCCCCGGCGGCUGGAGCGGCGCGCCCUUCUGCCCCCGACACUGCCCACCCGCCGCCGAGGAGCCGGGGACACCGGCGAGCACCGGGAGCCCCGCGGGAGGCGGCGCCGCCUCUCCCGGGCCCGGAACGCCGCUCCACAUACCGGUACCGCUGCUCCGCGCCGGGGCCUGUGGCGGCGUCGGCCUCGGCCCCAGGGUCUGGAUCCGCCUGAGGCGGCCGGAGAAUCCCGGGGAGGAUGAAGAGUACGACGAGUACGAGGAUGAGGAAGAGGAUGAAGAGGACGAGGAGUGGCUCGGGCUCCCGUGGGGCCACGGGGACCUCGAGGCCCUCGGUGGCUCCUUCUGCGCCGUCCCCGGAGACUCCCCGUGCCCGGAGCCGCCGGCGGCCGCGCUGCAGGAGAGGCUGAGCCGGCUCCCCGCGCCCCGCAGCGCCCCGCGCUCCCCCGAGGAGGUGGAGCGGAUCGCACGGGAGCUGCUGGCGGAGGAGGAGCGGGCAAAGAGGAAAGCGGAGAAGAAGAAGCUGAAGAAGAAGAAGCAGAAAGACCGGAAAAAGCGAGAGAAGCUGGAACAAGAGCAGAAAACCUCUCGGGAGGCCGAGACGGGUACCGCGGACGCUGGGAACCCCCGGAGCGGCUGUGCCGAGGAGCGCCGGCCAGACCCCAGCCCCUCGCCGGGGAGCCAGGACGGUGCCAGCUCCACCGGAGAGGACGGGGGAGACCGGGAGCUGCGGGCGGAGGAGACGGAGGAGGAACUGGAUUUGAGCUGCUCUUUCGUCUGCAAAGCGCGGCAGAAGGUGCGGCUGCGGCCCGGCAAGGAGCAGCCGGCGAGGACAGGGGACGCGGAGCCAGGCAGGCGAGGGCCUGCGACGGUGCCUGAUCCUGAUCCUGUGGCGCUGGAUGUCGACGCGGUGGAGCGGAGCCUGGUCCUGGCAGGCCGUGGGAAUGCCGCUGCGCAGGAGGGCCGCUUCGCUGUGGCGGUGCAGGCCUUCUCCGACGCCGUGCGCCUGAACCCCUGGGAGCACCGGCUCCUGGGGAACCGCUCCUACUGCUACGAGAGGCUCGGCUGCUUCGAGGAGGCGCUGGGCGACGCGCUCGCCGCGCUGGCGCUGCAGCCGGCCUGGGCCAAGGGGCUGUUCCGCAAGGGCAAAGCGCUGCGGGGGCUGCAGCGCUACGCCGAGGCCGCGGGGGCGUUCGAGGAGGUGCUGCGCGUGGGCGGCUCCAGCGCGGAGGCUCGCGCCCAGCUGGAGCAGUGCCGGGCCCUGCUCGCGCAGAGCAGCCGCGGUGACCGGAGCGGUGCUGGGGGGGUCCCGGUGACCCCGGCCGUACCGGAGGCUGCAGAGCCGCCGCCCCGGGGCGAGGGGGUGACCGGGAGCUGCCGGCAUGCUGACACCGGCAGCUUUGAGACCACCGGGAGCCCCCGGAGCUGGGGGAGCAGCCAGGAGCUGCCGGCAAACCAUCCCGCCAGGGGCUGCUUCCCGCUCUGGGUCGGGAAUGUCACCGCCGGCGUCGGUGAGAAAGCACUGCGCAGCGCUUUUGGCCGGUGAGUGUGCCAAGACCCGGCUCCCGGCCAUCCCGGGGCCCAGCCUGCCCCACAUCCCGAUCCCGGUGCCCAUCCCUGCCCCACAGCACCAUCCCAGUGCCCAUCCCUGCCCCACAUCUCAAUCCCAGUGCCCAUCCUGCCCCACAUCCCGAUCCCGGUGCCCAUCCCUGCCCCACAGCACCAUCCCA